GAGACCCCCGAAGUCAUGCUUUUCGCAGUGUCUUUCCACCUGCUUCCUGCUUUCCCUUGCACCUUGGUAAGAACCGGCAAUAACGCUUCCUUUCUGUUUCUCCCGCAGAAGGAGUUUCCUUCGCUGCCGACCUCUCUUGAGGAGAUCUUCACCCACUGGAAGAAGGCUCCCCCAAACACCAAGAAGCGAAAGGCAGCUGAUGGGGCAGGAGCCGUUCUGGAGAAGAAGAUCCGCGUUCCGGACCCCGUGAGCAGCUCCGAAAGCUCGGAGGAGGAGGAAGGGACAGCGGCGAAAGCUGAGGAGGCUGCCACACUGGUUAUUCCCAACUCUGCAGUGAAGACGCAGAGCAGCGAGGAUGAAUCCUCCUCUUCAGACGACACUGCUGUGGCUGGAAGGGGAAUCGAGGUGAAGACUGCUCUUGCAGGUGGCAAGGCUACGAACUCUGUGCAACAUGCCAUCCCCAACAAAGCCAGCACCCCUUUGGGUAGACCAAGGGCUGCAGCCACCGGUCGGAGCAAAGCCAACAAGCUAAAAGCUGAUGUGCCAGCUGUUGCCUCGACUCCAGCCAAAGCUGGGCAGAAGAAAGCUGCUCCUGGUAAGCCAGGGCCUGCUGCAGCAACUCAGGCCAGAGGUGCCCAGAGCAAAGCAGCGGCAACAGCAAAAGCAGCAGAGAGCUCUGAGACCAGCGACUCAUCAGAGAGUGAAGACGAGGAAGAGAAGCCAGGAGCAAAGCUCCCAGCCCCCAAAAUAGAGCUGAAGCCGACCGCAGCAGAGGUAAAGAGCAGCGAGGACUCCAGCGACGAGACAUCAUCCUCUGAAGAGGAACACAACCCCCCAGCUGCCCUGGCGAAACCAGCUGUGAAAGCAGCACAGACCAAUGCAACUCUGACGGAAAGCACGCCCGUCACUCCAGCGUCAACUGCAAAGAGCCCAGGGAAAGGGUCCGCCCUGUCUCUGCGGAAGCCCACAGCUGUUGCAGCAAGCCAGGCCAAAUCAGCAUCUGUGAAGCUCACGAGUCCGGCACCCGUGCAGCUUACGAGUCCCGCGCAAGCGGUCGGGAGCACAAAGUCAGACGAUGCUUCGGAGAGCAGCGACUCGUCCGACAGCGAAGAUGAGGAACCCGCAUCCGUAGUGCAGGCGAAACCAGCUGCGAAAGCAGCACAGACCAAUGCAACCCCGACGAAAAGCACGCCCGUCACUCCGGCGUCAACCGCGAGGAGCCCGGGGAAAGGGUCCGCCCUGUCUCUGCGGAAGCCCGCGGCCGUCACGGCCGGCCAGGCCAGGUUGGCACCCGCGCAGCUUACGAGUCCCGCGCAAGCAGCUGGGAGCGCAAAGUCAGAUGACGCUUCAGAGAGCAGCAACUCGUCCGACAGCGAGGACGAGGAACCCGCAUCCGCCGCACAGACAAAAUCACCUGCAAAAUCUCUGCAGCCCAGCCUGACACCGGCAAAAAGUGCACCAGCGGCUCUGCUGUCCAGCAAGACCACUGCAGCCCUGGCAAAGCAAACACCUAAACCAGCUGUACUAGAGCAGGCCAAACCAGUGCCUGGGAAGAACAACACCCCUACAAAGGCUGCUGUGAGCACGAAGCCCCAAGAUAGUUCAGAGAGCAGCGAUGAUUCAGACAGCGAGGAUGAGGCUCCCCCUCUGCCGAUAAGCCAGAAGGCGGGCGGGGUCAAGAGGCUGCCAGCACUGCUCACGUCCCCCAGCAAGCUCAGCCAGACUGUGAAAGCCGGGACUCCUGUGGGAGCCCCUGGAAGCACCUUGAAGGGCAAAGGCUCCGAGAGCGAGAGCAGCGGUUCAUCCGACAGCGAGGCGGAAGAGACCCCCGCAGCUCUGAAACAGCCUCUGAAAGGCAUAAUGAAGACUGGUGCUGCAGCACUGCCAGCCAGUAGUAAGAAGGCCCAGCCUCCUGCGACACCUCUCCCAAAAGCCCAAGGGGCUGCAGAGAGCAGCGACGAUUCCAGCGAGGAGUCUGACUUGGAGGAAGAGGCGCUGACCUUGGCACAGAAACUGGUUCAAGCGAAACCCAAACCAGCAGCGGCUGCCCCAGCAGCGAAGACGGCAAACACCGUGGCUGUGAAAGCCAGCACCCUGCGGAAAGGGGCGAACGCAGCAGCCCCCAGCCCUGUAAAGGCCGCCGUGACCCUCUGCCAAGCAGCAGAGACCUCGAGCUCGGGUUCCUCGGAGAGCGAGGAGGACACGAAGGCCGUGAGUCAGCCCCUUCUCCCCUCCAGCUUGAAGCCGGGGACUCCUUUCAGUAAAGCAGCCACCCCUGCCAAGAAGGGUCCUCAAGGAAACGCUGCCCCACCGAAGAGCACAUCCGCCAGGGGCAAAGCCCCUGUUGCAACCCCAGGAAAAGCGGUUCUCCCCACUGCAGACAAGGCCAGACCGAGCCCGGCUGGCCCCCCCGGGGCCAACAAAGGACAGGAGAGCUCGGACAGCAGCGACUCCUCGGAGAGCGAGGAGGAGGAAGCAGCCCAGCCGCCCCCAAAGCCUGGUUCCUGGGCACAUGGAGCUUGGAGGCUGCCAGCGAUGAAGCCCUCUGAGGCAUCUCAGCAGGAGGAUCUCACCAGGCAACUUACUUCUCCAGCAGGCGCGCCCCAGAAGCCGGGGAGGAUAAAUGAAGCCGAGAGCUCAUCCUCUGAGUCCAGCGAGGAUGAGGAGCAGCCUUCACAGUCCCUCCUAGCAGGGUAUCCCGGCCUGCUGAAAGCCACUGUGACUUCAGAAGUACAGCAGGCAGGGAAAGUGGCUGCGGUUGUGGCUGCAGCUGUGGCUCCGGCUGACGCUCUUGGGAAGGCGGCCCAGGCUGACAUCUCCGAGAGCGAGAGCAGCAGCGACUCGGACACGGAUGUUGAGAAGACCCCGGCCCUGCAGAAAGUGGGAGGAAAGCCGCUGUCGUUGUCUUCUGGGCAAGAACCGAUCACGCCAAAGGUGGCUUCAGGCAAAACAGCUGCAGCAGGGAAAGGGGGCCAUGGAGGUGCCAUUUUGAAACCCACCCUCACCAAGAAAGCCCUGGCAGCACCACAAAAUGACAGCAGUUUGAAGGGGACGCCAACAACCAUGUCCCCCUAUGCCCUGCUGUCCAUAUCCCCCUCGAAAGGGGAGAGCUCCAAAAGCGAGAGCGAAGACGAGGCUACCACAGCCGCCAAGGUCCCGGCUGGCCCAGCUGCAGGUGAGCCAGAGGGGAAGAAGACAGCGGGCAAACAGAAAGCCAAGGGGGGGCCAGGCAAGGCUCCGAAAACACCCCAGAGCGGUGACAAGGAGAACAAGAAACAGAAGAAACCCUCACUGAAGCGGAAGCUGGAAGCAGAGGAUGGAGGCCUUGGUGCCACGGGCGCGCCCAAGGAGAAGAAGCAGAAGAAGCAGAGCGGCCUCGAGCCACCCAAGAAGAAGAGCAAAAGGGCAGAUGGUGCCAAGAAGUCGCCUGGCAGCAAGGAGAAAAAGAAAUCCAGCAAAAGUAAGAAAAAGAAGGCUGUAAAAGACAAGAAGAAGAAAAGCAAGAAGUCUUCUUCUGGGCUGGAGCUAGGUGCAGAUGGCUCUUCUGUUCACAAGAAGAAGAAAAAGAAGAAGAAGAAAACCUCCAAGCCGGCGGGAUCCUCGUGAGGAGCGCCGCCUGCCCCAUGACUGCCGACGGUGAAUGAAUGGAGAAGUGUGGAAGUUGGAAAAGGGAAGCCCAGCAACAUGAAAACUGGUUUUUUUGUUUGUUUGUUUUUUUUAAAUCCUUUAAACUUCUAAAUUGUAAUUUAUAAGGUCUUUUAACUGUGACUUGUAGAGCCGAGCGUUGUAACUCUCUGCCACCAACGCUUGGCUGGGGACAGAAGAAGAAAAGCUGGAUGUCUUUUGCCCCUGUUCCCGAAGGCCCCCGUCUGCCAUUGCACUAUUCCCAGAGAAGGAAGCAGCCCUUGGGAAGGACAAGCAGCGCUUCCCCCUCGCGGAGGAGACUAUGGCUUCCCCUUGCUGAGAGGAUGAUGCAGCCAUCUCGUUCCCCUCCCUCCUCGCCCCAGAGCUCUAUUUUUCAGAGGCAACUUCCACUCUUUGUGCGAGGGCCGCAUCUGUCUUUUUUGCUACCUACUGAAACAUGGUUCUUUUUUGGGUUCACUUUUUAUUACAGAUAAAAACAAAAAUGAGAGUUCACUGGG